CAUGACUUUAUUAUUGAAGUCGGGCAAUUAGACUCACAAUUUGGACCACACCCAAGUUAUAUUUGCAAAUGUGAUGGAGUACAAAGGCCAGAAAUUAUGGAUUAUGAUACUCCUGAGAUUGUUCAAGAAUAUCUUAAUGAACUUCCAUUUUGA